CGUCCAAAGCCGGGCCUCCGUUCGACGGUCUAAAAGCAAAGCGCGAACUGCUCGCGAGCUUCUUCCGACGACGACAAUAAGGCCCACUGCGGUCCCGUCACCGCCGCCGUCCUUACUCCGCACCUCCCAUUGUUCCCAGAUCCCUCUCCAUUGGCGGGAAUAGGAUCUGAUCGACCGACGCUCGGAACCUGCCGAGGAGGGCAGCGAAGAUACGAUGUCAUGAGGGCGGUGAAGGCGAAGGUGGAAGGAUGGCGAGGGUGGGGGAGGGGCCGCGGCAAGUCUGGCUGCUGCUCUUUUAAGCGGAUCACCGUCGUGGCUUGCUGUGUCAACCUCGUCGCGGCGCUCGUCGUGCUCCGAUCUUUCGACACCUCGUUCUUCCUCUUUCCCUCGUAUGGGUUCAACGGGAAUUUUUUUUCCGUGGAUCAGGUUGAGAGGAUAGAAGAAUCGAUUAGGGUGCGAAGAGAAGCGGAGUCUGUGGAGCUCGUUAGAGCGGUGAGGAAACUGAGUAAGGAGUUGUCCAGAGAACAGAAGAGGGGAUUGAAUUUGCCGCAAAAUGUGAAGCAGAAGCUGGCGAAUGAGAUUCUGCAGAGGCUGCAAGGUGACAAUGUCGACACCAAUGUGACAAAACAACGAGAAACAGUGGACUUAUGGCGAAUUGAGAAACUAGAAGAAGUUAGAAGGGUGACAACUUCAAAAUCAAAUAUAGAUUCAAGCAUCUCUUACCAGGAAGCAAAGAUGUUGAAAAGAGUGUUGGAGUCUAAUUGGCUUAUGCUCUUGGAAGGAAUUGGGCUCUGGAUUCCAGCUGAUGUUAUUCACACUGAACACAAUGAUAAACCUAAAGAUGAGCAGGAUCUUGAGGAGAUAAUUCCUGGUCGACCACUGCCUCCUGAAUGCCAUGCUGAGCUUCAUACUGAUUAUGAUGGAGCUGCUGUUAGAUGGGGGCUUACCCACCAUAAAGACAGCGCUGCUGAUUGUUGUCAGGCUUGCUUAGAUCAGGCCAAACAUCCAAAGCCAGGGGAAAAGAAGUGCAAUAUAUGGGUUUACUGCCCGUCAGAGUUUGGGUGCUAUUCACCAGAUAUAUAUGAACACAAACAUCAGGAGUGCUGGCUGAAGCAGGCCGAAAAACCUCGGUUGAACUUCAAAGAUAAGUAUUCCAAAUCUUACAGGAAGAAACACCCCAAUGCACCCAUAGUCGUGCCAUGGAUGUCAGGUGUUGUGGGUGCAUAACUAGCACCAUCUCCUUCCUUAAUGCUGCACUAAUACCCAGAAAAGGAAAUGUUUCAGAUCUAUAUGGCAAGAUAGCAACAUUGGCUGCCUGCAUUCACCAUGUCAUCUAAACCGUCUGACAAUUUCAUCCUGCUGCCACCAUUUUUCUAUGACAUAAUAUAUCUACCAAUCUAUCUAUCUAUC